AUGGCGAUAACGGACACCAAAGGACAAUGGUUGGAUGCGUGGAUUUUCUUUUGUCUAGCACUGCUGAUCGUGACUAAACUGGAAGGAAUCUCUGCACAAAUACGGUAUUCCAUUCAGGAAGAAUUAAAAUCGGGCACGGCAGUUGGAAAUGUGGCCAAGGAUCUCGGGUUAGAUCCUGGAAGACUGCGGGAGAGAAAUCUUCGUGUUGUGUCAGGAACAAAGCAGGAUCUGUUUAAGGUAAAUCCCAGAGAUGGAGUUUUGUUAGUGAACCAGAGAGUAGACAGAGAGGAGCUGUGUGCAAAAACUGUUCCCUGCAUCACAAAUCUGAAAGCAGUUGUAGAGAAUCCUCUCGAGAUGCAUCAAGUGAUAAUUGAAAUACUCGAUGUAAACGACAAUUCGCCGAAAUUUCCAGAAGAAAACUACACAUUAGAGGUGCUGGAGUCCGCCGUAGUUGGAUCUCGAUUUCAAAUGGAAGGAGCCCACGACCUGGAUGUUGGAUUGAAUUCCUUACAGUCAUAUAAGCUAAACCACAACGAGUACUUUCGCCUGGAAACGGAGGAAUUUGGGGAGGAUGGGAAAGUUCCAUUCCUGAUAUUACAUCGACCUUUGGAUAGAGAACAGAAUGCUCAACACGGGUUACUAUUAACAGCUACAGAUGGAGGAAAACCAUCCAAAUCUGGUACAAUCAAUAUCACUGUUAUUGUGUCUGAUGUAAAUGACAACUCGCCAGUGUGCGAGAAACAGAAAUACACCGUAACCAUAAAGGAAAACGCACCUGCGGGGACAUUUCUGCUGACAGUAAAUGCAUCUGACUCGGAUGAGGGGCUGAACGGUGAGGUGGAAUAUUCUUUAAGGAGUAAACUUAGAGGACUCUCGCCUGACCCGUUUGAUUUGGAUAGCAGAACCGGCAAACUAACCGUGAAAGAGGGCCUUGACUACGAGGAAAAGCAAGUCUAUGAGAUUAAAGUACUGGCUGCAGACAAAGGGACCGUGUCUCUCUCCACACACUGCAACGUGGUUGUUAGAGUGGAAGACGUGAAUGAUAACCGACCCGAAAUAGAGAUCACAUCCCUUUCAAGUCGCAUUCCAGAGGAUGCACCUCCUGGCACGGUGGUGGCGUUGAUGGGUGUGACGGACCUUGACUCAGGUGUGAAUGGACAGGUGAUCUGCAGCGUGCCCGGCCAUUUACCUUUUGACUUAAAGCCAUCUCCUGAUGGGCAGUCAUACUCUUUGGUCACCAAGGACUACUUGGAUAAGGAAACCAUACAUAUGUAUGACAUUACAAUAAAGGCUAAAGAUUUAGGGAGCCCCUCCCUUUCAUCUACGAAGGUGAUACAGGUAGAUGUGAUAGAUGUUAAUGAUAACAGUCCUUUGUUCACUGAAAGCCUUUAUACUUUUUAUGUGCCUGAAAAUAACAAGGCUGGAAUGUCAAUUUUUUCAGUGAGCGCGACUGAUGUUGAUGGAGGUGAAAAUGCGGCAGUCACAUAUUCACUCGACAGAAAGAGUCCCGGGCCCACUGUAACCUCCUUUCUACAUAUAAACGAAGCCAAUGGCACUAUUUCAGCGCUAAAAAGUUUUGACUUUGAGUCGCUGAAAACUUUCCACUUCCACGUGGUCGCGUCCGACUCGGGAACUCCGUCACUCAGCAGCAACGUCACAGUGCACGUGUUCAUUCUGGAUCAGAACGACAACGCUCCAGUCAUCCUGUAUCCAGUCAGCUCGAACGGUUCUGCUGAAGGUGUGGAGGAGAUUCCCCGCAACGUGAACGCAGGACACUUGGUGACUAAAGUCCGAGCCUACGACGCCGAUAUAGGAUAUAACGGCUGGUUACUGUUUUCACUGCAGGAAGUUACCGACCACAGUCUCUUUGGUCUGGACCGCUACACGGGACAGAUCAGGACACUUCGCUCAUUCACAGAGACAGACGAGGCUGAGCAUAGACUGGUCAUACUGGUGAAAGACAAUGGGAACGUUUCACUCUCAGCAACGGCUACUGUGAUGGUCAAACUUGUGGAGCCCAAAGAGGCUUUUGCAGCUUCUGACGUGAAAAGUUCGGCAAAAGCAGAUGAGGAGAAUAAUGUGACUUUUUACCUGAUGAUAACUUUGGGCUCAGUUUCGGCUCUUUUUCUCAUCAGCAUCGUUGUGCUGAUUGCGAUGCAGUGCUCCAAACCCACAGACUGUACUUCUAAAUAUCUGCAAGAGACGAAUUAUGACGGGACUCUGUGUCACAGCAUCCAGUACAGAUCUGGAGACAAACGGUACAUGUUAGUUGGACCCAGGAUGAGUAUAGGAUCUACUAUAGUCCCAGGAAGCCACGCCAAUACUCUAGUGCUUCCUGACAGGAGAGGCGCAUCUGGAGAGGUAAAUGUUUUUUUUCUUACUUACAUGACCUCAUGCUUUGACACGCUAUUACUGAAUAGUUGUUCAUACGAUUCCCGGUGGCCACAUGGUGCCAGUGUGGCCUAG